UUUUGUAAACAACAUGGCGAUUCACGGACUGGCCCUGCUAGCUUACUGACUAAACACUGUGCUGCCAAACGUCAGCCAUUGUGUGUGAUAAACGUCAUAUAUUAGACCUUGCGGGAGUCACGCGUUGGCUUUAUUGUUAAGUUCGCACCGAGACGACAAAGAGUCUGGCCGACGAGCUGUCAAGAAGAGCGUCUGACAGUCAAACGGCCCUCUUCAGUCUAUGGGCUCUCAGUCCAGUUCUGGGAUGUCUGGAGGAAGGGGCUCUUCCAGUGGCAACCCAGCUGAGCAGUCAGACGCAGCAGAACCGAACCAGAGCAGCAGCAGCAGCAGCAGCAGCAGUAGCCGGGGCCGCAGGACGGCCGACAGGCAGCAAGGAGACCGACCGGCAGCUUCAGAGGAGGACGUUGACUUAGCUGAAGUGCUGGCUUACCUACUGAGAAGGGGCCAGGUCCGACUGGUCCACGGCAGCGGGGCCACAGGCCUGCAGCUGGUCCAGUCUUACUCUGACUCUGACGAGGACAGCGAUGGAGCCUGGGAAGGGCGGCUGGGCGACCGCUACAACCCCCCAGUGGACACCCAACCAGACACGCAUGAAGUGGACCAGAGUGAGAUCCGAACUCAGAUCCUGCUGGCCACCGGCUCCUCUAUGCUGAAAAACCGACACAGUUUCACCCACAUGCUAACAGAGAGGGAACAAGGCAGAUGUAGAGGCUCCAGUUUUUCCCACGGAGAGUGCAGUCGUAUCCGAACACAUUUUCUGCCAAACUAUGUAUCCCACAAGGAUACGUACCAGCAGAAAGCCUUCUGUGGAGUGUACAGCGAGGAUGGCAACAUGUUCCUCUCUGCCUGCCAAGACCAGAACAUCCGCCUGUACGACACCAGCCGGGGACGCUUUCACCUACGACGGACAGUGAAGGCUCGGGAUGUGGGGUGGAGCGUGCUGGACGUCUGCUUCACCCCUGACUCUCAGAAUGUGCUCUACUCCAGCUGGUCUGACUACAUUCAUUUGUGCAGUAUAGAUGGAGACAGUGAAAACCACACCGCCCUGGACCUCAAUCCAGAUGAGAGGAGGUUCUGUGUGUUCUCACUGGCUGCGUCCACAGAUGGCAACGAGAUCCUGGGAGGAGCGAACGACGGCUGCCUUUACGUUUUUGAUCUUGAGCAGAAUAAACGAACGUUGAAGAUUGAUGCCCACGAGGACGACGUGAAUGCGGUGGCGUUCGCCGACAGCUCGUCCCAGCUGCUCUUCUCUGGCAGCGACGACGCGCUGUGCAAGGUGUGGGACAGACGGACACUGCGGGAGGACAGACCGCAGCCUGUCGGACAGCUGGCCGGACACCGAGACGGCAUCACCUUCAUUCACAGCAAGGGAGACGCACGCUAUCUGAUCAGCAACUCCAAGGACCAGUCCAUCAAGCUCUGGGACAUCAGGAAGUUUUCCCCCAAAGAGGGGCUGGCAGCUUCCCGUCUGGCUGUCACGCAACAAAACUGGGAUUACCGCUGGCAGCAGGUUCCCCAGAGAGCCCUGAAGAGACACAAGCUGACAGGCGACACCUCGGUGAUGACGUACCGCGGUCACGGCGUUCUGCACACCCUCGUCCGCUGCCGUUUCUCUCCAGAGUUCACCACCGGGCAGAGGUUCAUCUACUCUGGCUGCUCCACUGGCAAAAUCAUCAUUUAUGACGUUCUGACGGGCAGCGUGGUCUCCAGACUGUCGGGCCAUGAAGCGUGUGUGAGGGACGUCAGCUGGCACCCGUACGAGGACAACAUCAUCAGCAGCUCUUGGGACGGAGCGGUGCGAAUGUGGGAGCACAGAGAGACCCAUCCGCUAGAGGAGGAGAGAGAGCGGGAGAGAGACUGUCCGACGACGGACAAAAACCUUUAAGACGGCGAGAGAAGAAGAAGAAGAAGAAGAAGAGACACACAAAUGGAAAGAUGAGGAAAUGACCUCACUGCAGAAAGAGCAUCGCUGACCCUAACGAAGGAAGACAAUAAGUCCUGAAGGACUGGGAGACUUAACCAUCCUUUACAUUCAAUGCUGGAUAUUAUUGAUUUCAAUUAUAACGAGUUGAAAAGUGUAAAUCUGGAGGGCAAUAAAGCCUAACAUCCAAGUGCAGAUUAGGACUCAGUGGGACGACCUGCUUCUGUUUUUGUUUUUGCCUCAUUGUCAACAAGCCAAAGCUUCUAAACUUGGCCCGGCAAACGUGCUCAAACAUGUAGCACGGCUCUUACUUAAUGAGCAACGAAAAAAUGAAUGGUAAGUUAGUUAUAUAGAAAUCAAUUUUGGGUGAUGCAGGGAGAAACUGACAAGGGUAAUUCUGUAUAAAUGUAUAGUAUUUUAAUGGUAUGUGCAUUCAGGGAGGGGGUUUAGAUUGUUGUCAGUGUGCUGAAUAGGAUGUUGAUGUUAUUAAUGACAUAAGCUGUGUCCUAUUUGAGGGGCUGUCAAGUUAAAGGCUGGUUAUAUUAUAUUAAGCCAGCACAUUAUUUACCAAUUGCCCCAAAUUAGGGAAACUUCCUAGUGGUCAACAUCCUAUUUAGUUUUCCAUUAUUCCAAGUUGACCGGAAAACCCGUAACAUGAGUUUUACUUUCAAUUUCAUAAGGAUUUUAUGUUCAAACCUCUUAAAACUGUCAAGUUUAAACACAACCCCUCUAGUAAACACAGCGAUGGUCUGAAGUCUUAUUAUUGAUCAUGUGUCAGCACUCUACUCUGUAAAACAAGCCCUGGGUGUAAAAAAAGUCAUUUUGUUUGCCAAUAUAAACCUCUGAUCUGUUUCAAAGAUUUGAAUGUGUGUGAUAAUAGGUAUUACUUUGUGAAGGGACUGGAUCAAAACGUACACACUGAUCUGUAUAUGCAAUUUUCAGGUGUUCAUAGUUCACUCUCAGAACGUUGUUUUACAGUAACAAUAAAAGCUUUCUUUCAAUGUA